GCGUUUGCCCCCACCACCGCUCGGCCCCACGGCUCCUCCGCUCCACCCUCUCUCUUAUCCCGCUCCUCCAGCAGCGAGGGGCGAGGCAAAUUUCCAAAUCCCAAACCCCCCCAAAAAUUUUGAAAAAAAAAAAAGGAAAGUCCUCAGAUCCCCUCACGGCCGCACUACCACGCCGGAAUCUCUCCCGAAUCGGACCGACGCCGCGCCCGGCCGCACUGCGGGGGCUUCUCCUCUCGCGGCGCGGCCGGGGCUACGCGGGGCCCUGCGCCGCCGUUCGCGGUGAAUGCCUGAGCCCGAGGUCGGCGUCCUCGGUGGCCGGGGCCUGCACCGCGACGGCCUCAAGGGGUGGCCUGACCUGCGGUCGCUGUCCGGGAAGAAGAUGACGACGCCGCCGCCGCCGCCGGUGGAGAAGCAGCAGCAGCAGGCGCGGCCCGCGGCGGUGGCGCCGCCGGACCAAACCCUAGAGUUCUCGGACGGGCUCCUCCUCCGCGUCCUCGCCUGCCUCCCGGAGCCCCACCUCACGGGCGCCGCGUCGCUGGUCUGCAGGAGGUGGAUGCGCCUCGCGGGGCGCCUGCGCCGCCGCCUCGUCGUCAGGGACUGGGCCUUUGUGACCCACCGCCUACACCACCGCUUCCCCGAACUGGCGGACCUCGACCUGUUCCCGGCGUCCAUUGUCGCUCCGGCCGUGCCGUCCCCGACCUCCCCUCUCCUCACCUGCGCCGAGGUGUCGCUAACCCUAGACACCGGCGCGGACCCGCCGCUCGUCGCCUGCCGUUUCCUCGCAGAUGACGUGCUCGACAGGGGCCUUGUUGCCGUUGCCGCCAGUUUCCCCAACCUCCGCCGCCUCUCAGCCACAGCCGCCUCGGAGUCCGGGGGUCUGAUGGAUAUCGCUGGCGGCUGCGCAACUUUGCAAGAGCUCGAGCUCCACCGAUGCACCGACCUCGCCCUCCGCCCAGUCUCCGCCUUUGCGCAUCUUCAGAUCCUCCGCCUUGUCGCAGCCUCCUCUGCGUUAUAUGGCACCAGUGAAGAUGGUGGUGUCACCGACAUCGGCCUCACCAUCCUUGCUCAUGGAUGCAAGAGAUUAGUGAAGCUGGAGCUUGUUGGUUGCGAGGGAAGCUAUGACGGCAUCGCGGCUGUGGGGCGGUGCUGUGCGAUGCUUGAGGAGCUCACCAUCGCCAACCACAAGAUGGACAAUGGGUGGCUUGCUGCGCUCGCUUUCUGCGGCAACCUCAAAACCCUAAGGUUGCAAGGAUGUUGCAGGAUUGAUGACGAUCCUGGGCCUGCGGAGCAUCUUGGUGCCUGCCUCACGCUUGAGAGCCUGCAGCUUCAGCAGUGCCAGCUGCGUGACCGUCGUGCCCUCCAUGCUCUCCUUUUGGUUUGUGAGGGUGCCCGUGAGUUAUUGGUCCAGAAUUGCUGGGGCCUUGAAGAUGACAUGUUUGCCAUGGCAGGACUGUGCAGGAGAGUUAAGUUCCUCUCCUUAGAAGGUUGCUCACAACUGACAACUCGAGGUCUAGAAUCGGUGAUAACCUCAUGGAGUGAUCUGCAGAGCCUAAAAGUUGUCUCUUGUGAUAAAAUCAAAGAUGAGGAAAUCAGCCCUGCCCUCUCAGAGCUUUUCUCCACUUUCAAAGAGCUUAAGUGGAGACCUGACAACAAGUCACGUCUCGCUGCAAGCCUCGCUGGCACUGGAAUGGGAAAGAAGGGCAGGGUGCUUUGCAAAAGGCAGAUCUUACCAGGCCAUCAACGAGUCAAAGGGACGAUGCUGAACUAUUCAACAGGUGUUGCUGCUUAGUAGGAUUGCAAGUCCAGAAGCUCUGCGUGCUCCUGGAAUAUUCUUGAUCUUAGAAGUUGUUACAAAUUCUUCCAACUUAGGGCAAAAGGCGCCUUGCCAAUUCCCCUAUACCCACAAGUUUACAGUAUGAAAACUCAAUUGAGGUGCAAAUUUGUCUUUGCGCCGGAGUUGUAGCAAGCUAAAAGCCACACAUGGCACGGAAUAUUGUUUCAUAAGUUAUGGCAGAACUUGUUAGUUCCUGACUAACAGUAGAGCCAACAGAAAAUUUGUGUUCGCUGCACAUACCAUCGCAAAUGAUGUAUUCAUAUUGUCAGAUGAUAUCCUGCUUCUUGAAUGUUCA